CGUUUAUUUUCUCAUUUGCUCAAAAAGAAAAGGAAAGAUUAAUCCAAAAUUCAAAAUGCGAGCUCAGAUCACUCCAGAGCCUUCACUUUCUUUGUCUUCGAUCCAAAUCAACUCUCGCAAUCCUAAUCCAUCCCGCAUUCCGACCUCGCUUCGUUUCUUGAAUGAGAAUGGCGGACGCCGUUUGAUCGGACGAAAACUGCGUUUGAUCACCACGAAAGCUGUUUUGGACUCUGCAACUAUUGAGAAAUUAGGGCUUAAUGAAUCCGAUAUUAAAAACCCGGCGAUUUCUUCAACGUAUCGAAACUCUAAGUUGCCGAAGCCGAACCAGACUGUGCUGGAAGCUCAAGCUAGGGUUUGCACUGGACCCACUCAGACCAGAUCGCUCUCCGAGGAACAGGCGUUUAAGGUUUUGGACACCAUUUUAAGAUCAGUUAGGGGAGAACUAAAAGACGAAGAACAAGUCUCGAAAUCUCAACUUGGAGCGUUCUUUGCUGGAAUGACAAUCCGUGCAAAUGUUUUCCCUGAAGCAACUCAAUGGAGUGAAGGCGAAAGGUGUGCAAUGAAGAAAUUUUGGCCACAACUAGUACGAGUACUACCACCUGAUGUUAUCUUCAUUGCUGAUCCCGAAGGGUCUAUAAUGGGAUUUGGAAGUGCAGCUGGACCACAUUUUGUUGGGAAUGGAACAAGUGAGAUGAGAUUGGUUGGUGCACUUAGAGAAAUUUUGGCUGGAGGUCACCUUGGAUAUGAGGAAGUCCAAGGUGUUCUGAAAGAUGCUUUUGCAUUGAAAUUGGAAGAUGGAAAAUCCACUGGAGUAAGUGAAUCAUUGCUUUCAGCAUUCUUAAUUGGUCAACGUAUGAACAGGGAAACAGAUAGGGAACUUAAAGCAUACUGCCUCACAUUUGAUGAUGAACUUGGUCCCACUCCAAUUGCUGACGUUAGAUCCUUAACUCAUUAUGGUGAACCUUAUGAUGGAAACACGCGAUACUUUAGGAGCACAUUGUUUGUUGCUGCUGUUAGAUCCUGUUAUGGUGAAUCUUCCUUGCUUCAUGGUGUGGAAUGGAUGCCACCUAAGGCGGGUGUGACGGAAGAACAAAUGUUGAAAUUUAUGGGAGCAAACACAAACUUAUCCUUGCAUCAAGCAAAAGAGCUUAUUGAGGAUGAGGAGGUUGGUUUUGCUUACAUAAGUCUACGUGAAGCUCGCCCAUCCCUAUAUUCAUUGAUUGGAUUGAGGGAGCAGAUAAAGAAACGUCCACCACUGGCAACAACCGAAAAGGUUCAGCAAUUUAUUAGGGCAAAGGGGAGGGAAUCAAUUGUUGCAGGAUUCUAUCAUGAAGGCUAUGAGGAGCCAUUGUUAAUGCUUAUGAAAAGAAGAGGUGUGCAUUCUGGUUUGGUAGUGAAGGGUGAAGAAGGUGCCCUCUCAAUGACAACUAGGUUGCGAUCAUCAAGCACAUCAAAAGGGGUUCCUGUGAACUAUUGUUCAGGUUUUCGUUCGGUUGACAUGGAAUCAGCUUGUGAAGUGGAUGGUGUAUCACGUCAGAGUUUCAAGCUCGAGGUUAAUGCAAUGGACUACGGUUUUGAACCAACUGACACUCCAAGAACUGAUAGAUCGGUAUCAAAGAAUAUAGAGUUGGGUUUGGCAGCUCUUCAGGGUGAAAAAGGGCCGGCAUAUGACCGGAUUGUUUUGAAUGCCGGAAUUGUUGAUCAUUUACUAGGAUGUGAUGGUGCAGAAGAUGUGUCCUUAGCUUUGGAAAGAGCAAAAGAAGCCAUUGACAGUGGUAAGGCCCUCAAGAAGCUCCUGAAUUAUAUAAAAAUGUCCAACAAGGUAAAAUAAUGCAAUAUGAAGCAGUCUUACAGAUCUUCUCUUU